AUGAAAAAGAACUUGAUAAGUGUCUUGAGCUAUGAGAAACUUAAAAUAAAAUUUGAUAAUAAGUGCCUAUUGGCCACUCAAGCUGAGGCUAGAAAACGCUGGGAGAAGUCUAAUGAGAUGGAUCAUUGCUAUAUGAUGGCAAACGUGACCAGCACCUUACAUAAGCAACUUGAGAGCUAUAAGACUGCCAAAACGAUUCUGGAUAAGCUAGAAGACAUGUUUGAAUGCCAAGCUACCGUGGCUCGACAGUCUGCUAUAACUAAUUUGGUAAAUGUCCAGCAAAAGCUCGGUACUCAAGUUAAAGACCAUAUGAUAACUCUUAUGGUAUAUUUUACCAAGGCGAUGGACAAUGAGACCAAUUUGGACCAGAACACUCAAAUUGAAAAGGUGUUCAAGCGUUUGUCCAAGGAAUUUGCUGGCUUUCAGGCCGCAUGUAACCUUGGCAACAAAAAAUUGACACUUACACAACUCAUAAAGGAGUUACAAUCUUAA